AUGAAUGACGACGAUGAAGAAUUUCAUUGUAGAGAUAUAAAAAACGAUAGCAAGGAUGACAAUAGCGAUAGCUAUGAAGACGAAGAUGAAGAUGAAGAACCUUUUAAAAAACCAACAGACCAAAAAACCGAUUCAGAAGUUAUUGCUAAAGAAGAUGAUAAAAUAGAGUUAUCAAAAAUAAAAGAAAGUCGUUACAAUUCUAAAGUCGAAGAUGAUAAUACUGACGAUGAGGAGGAGGAAAGGGGAUAUCAAGAAAAAGAGAAGCAACCCCAAGAAAGUGAACAAGGAGAUAGAGAAUAUGGACAUUCAAAACCACAUGAUGAUUAUUCUGAAGACGAGAGAGAGGAGUCCACCCACGAUGAAGACGAAACAGAAGAAGAAGGAUUCAUUCCCGAUCCGCAGACACAUGUUGUCACAUUUAUUUAUGAGGAUGAUUUAACCGAACCUGUACUUUUAAAAGAUAAUAUAUUCGAAAGAGCCAAAGAUUCACUACACUUGGAUGCAAUCCCAGAUAAGUUGCCAGGUAGAGAGGGUGAAAAGGCACAUAUUCAAGCGUUUUUAGAACCAAAAAUUAAUUUAGGGGAAUCAGGUGGUACGCUAUAUAUUGCGGGUAUGCCAGGUACUGGUAAAACAGCAACAGUCAAAGAAAUUAUAAAAAACCUACAAGUAAAAAGAAAGAAAAGUGCGAUCAAGCUAUUCAGAUUCAUAGAGAUUAAUUGUAUGCAGCUUUCAUACCCCGAUCAACUCUAUCAAACACUAUAUAGUAAAUUACAAUUUGGAAGGAGAUCAGCUAGACCCAAAACAAGUGAAGAAGCACUCAGGCUACUCAAAAAAAGAUUCAACUCCAACUCGGCCAAAAAGGAUUUUGUUAUUGUUUUAGUGGAUGAGUUUGAUUGCUUGUUAACGAAAAAAGAGCAAACUGUAAUAUACAACCUAUUUGAAUGGCCAAAUAAACCAGCAUCUAAAUUUGUAGUCAUAGCAAUUUCAAACACAAUGAAUUUACCAGAUCAAUUAUCGUCGCGUGUAAAGAGUAGAAUGGGUCUUCAAAGACUUCCUUUUCAACCAUACAAUACACAACAGUUAGAAAGUAUUAUAAAAUAUAGAUUGGGUGGAUUGGAAGCAUUUGAUCAAGACUCAAUUCAAUUGGUAGCGAAAAGGGUCGCAACAGUUUGUGGUGAUGCUCGUAGGGCUUUGGAGAUUUGCAGAAAAGCAGCAACCAUAGCACUCCAACAAAACGAACUCGAUAAUUUAGUUCAAAAAGUUACAGAUACUCAUAUCGAUGAAGUUUUCAAACAGUUUUCAUUACCGAUUAGAAGAAAAUUAAAUCAAUUAUCUUUAUUUGAAAAAUUAUUCCUAUACUGCGUAUGUAAAGAAUCAAAGCGUAUAAAUUCCCUCGAAGUAGUAUAUGGAGCUGUAUAUAGAAAGUUACAAGAAACCACUUUAUCCAAAGGCAUGUAUUGUCCGACCGAGUCUGAAAUACUCCAGCUUGCAGGUAGUCUAGGUGGUUACAAGUUAAUAUUAUUUGAAGAUGACAAACCAAUUAAUUGGGAUCAUUUAUUAAAAUUAAAUAUUUCUCAAGUAGAUUUAUUUUAUGGUUUAGAAGAGGAUGAAGAUUUACAAACAAUUAUAUAA